AGUGCCUCGCUGGCAGCGCAGGUGUGCGGGUGCGUGUGCAGACGUGUGCUGGCGUGUGUGGGACGCAGGGACCCCGGAGCUCGACGGUGAUUGGUCGAGACUUGCUCAUGACCUGUCGAAGGGGAAGAGCGGCACAACACAACCUGUCUAUACUUACAAUAUUGUCACAGGGCCGGACAGUAUGAUGCCGCAGCUGGCAGGGGCAGCUCCGCACUUCGUGGUGACCGCUUCGCCGCCAGACAGCCUGCAGCUGGGGGAUGAUGGCGACUCUGCUCUGGGCGGCAGCGCGUCGCCCGACCCGCUCGCCAAGAGCCAAUGCUCCAGCAUGUCUGACGGCGAGAACUACGAAUGUUACGGCGAGGGAGUGGAGUUGGAGCUCGACCGAGAUUCCGCGAGGAAGCCCCAGGAGGGCGGGGGCGGCGCAGGACCCAGGAGCCGCAGUCCCUCCAACAUGGGCCUGACUCGCCACACCUGGCUGCGCACCAGUCUACGGCGCACCUCGCCCAACCACCAGGACAACCUGCCUAACCGGAAGUGGGGUUCUUUCAGGCAUUCCGGUGGAAAGCGACUGGGCUCCAACGCCUUGGCCAGCCAGCUAUAUCGCAGCUCGAGCUUCAACUCGUCUGGUCGUAGCUCCAACUGCGACACAGCGGAGGACAUGUACUCCGAUGCUUCGCUCGAGGAGGAUGUAUUGGACCUUAACCACAAGGUGCAGAUGCUGCAGCAGCAGGUGAGUGCGCUGGCCGACAACCAGAGCAGCACUGACGACCGCUACACUCGCGCCAAGCAGGACAGCGCCGCGCUGCAGGCCAGGGUGCUAAUGCUGGAAGAGCAGCUGCGAGAGGCCGAGUUGCGAGCAGCGGACCGCCUGGAAGACGAACAGAAGCGACAUCGCGAGCUGCUGGCACGCGUCGAGAGAGAGAAGCAGCUGCAGAUUGAGAACUGCACCAUCAGGAUGCAGGCUCUGGAGCUGGAGGGUGCCAGUCUGCGCGAGGAGACUGCACGGUUGCGACUGCAGAUGGACCGUCUGCGCUGCGACAAGCUGCUGGCAGAGGAGAAGCUGGUGGAAGCAGAUGCCAAGCUGGCACAGCUGCACGACGAGGCUCGUGAGUUGCGUGAAGCGGAGCGACAUGCCCGGGAAGACGCUGCUCGUCACAGGAAGGCAGAUCUGCAGCUGGUGGAGGAGAUGAGCCGUGAGCUGGCACACCUGAAGGAGAUUCAGCAUGUCGUUGCGUUGCCGGAUGACGCGGGGCUGCAGGCGCUGCAGCUGCAGCUGGAUGUGCUGCGCCAAGAGAACACUGGCUUGCGAGAUGCCAACGAGGAGCUGCAGGCGCAGAUGCUGACACAUGGUCUCGAGCAGGGACGCACAUUGCUCACGCACAGCCUGGCCGCAGAGUUCGAAGAGAUGUCCCAGUCCGAGCAGAAAAACUCGGCGGAGCAGGGGGUAAUAGUUGAGAUGCGUGGCGCACUGAGAGAGCAACAGGAGGUAAACUCCCAACUGCGUGCAUACAUCGACGGCAUCCUCCUCAACAUCGUGGAGAACUACCCUCAGCUCCUGGAAGUGAAGAACCCUGCGAGGCCGGACUCCUAGGAUGCACUGUGCUGCCCCUGUGCAUGGUUUCUGAACACUGCUGUCAGUUUGUGGGAGGCUUCUUAAACCCUCAUCAUUUCUUUGUUGUGGAGAAACUGAAAGUUAUUAUGGAAAUAAUGUUAUGUAUUGUCUGAUCUAGGACAUAUUUUGGUCUUGGACAGAAUUUUUGUGUGUUAUAUUAUUUUUGAUUUGAUUGCACAAAUUAUUUAUAUUUUGAAAAUGCAAGUGCAUAAUUGUCUUAUUUUUGAAAAAAUUAUAAUUUUUUUUAUGGUGUAUGUGCUCUUUUUGCUUUAUUUUUUAGUGUGAGGUUUGUUGCUCCUUUAUGGAAUCUCUUUAUUGAAAUUUUAAAACUAUGCUUUGGGAAGCAUAAGGCUUGAAUAUGUGUAUUAUGAAUUUUUACAGCAUUACCCGUUAGAGUACAGAUUAUCCUAUUUUGCUUGGUUUUUGUGUGCCAAGGAUAAUUUAUGUUAAAUAUUAAGAAGUGGUGAAAUAAUUUGAUAUAUUUUAACUUAUGUAUUCCUUUUUUUUCAUAUUUAAACUAAGUAAAAACUGGUAAUUUUUUCUUGGCUAGGCCUAACGUAAUAAAGAAACACAAUGAUAAAUGUGAAUCUGUUUUAAAUUUUUUUGUGGAUAUGCAAUUAAAAGAAGCUUAACUGUAUGAUUUGUUAUAAAUUUUUCUUAGUACAUAGUAAUAAUUCUAAUGUUUGUAAAUAAGUGAAAUUUAUCUGUUAAAUACAUAAUAAAUUUUUGUAUAUAAACUUUAGUAAGUAUUAAAAGUAAAACUAUUUUUAUACACAAGUAUUUUAUCCGUUAGCCAAAUAUAGUUAUUUAUAUUAUUUUUUUUUAAGAUCUACUGUUUAAAUUUUUGUUUGUAGAAUAUUUAACUUGUCUUAGAUAAAUUUAUUAUUAAAAUUUAUGCCUAAUGAAUGUUUAUUAUGCAGUAUUAAGAGAUUAUAUUGAGAAAUUUGUGUAGAGUGGGUCAGUGGCGAAGCCAGGGGGGGGGGGAGGGUUUAGGGGUUCAAACCCCCCCCUUCCCCCCCCCUUAGCACCAAAUAUUUAAUUAAAUUUCUUAUCGCUCAAAAAAAUUCAUAUUAAAAAUUAAUAAAAUUUUUACUAUUACAAUAUUUAAAUUUAAGUACCGAAAACUGCAAAAAUAGCACUAUUUUACACCUUAAAAUCCAAAUUUUCCCGGGGGAGGACCCCCGGACCCCCGCUUUAAGACGGGGGAGGGGGGGGCAUGCUUCUUAACACCCCCCAUACACAAAUACUGACUACGCCACUGGAGUGGGUAGGUAUUUCUGCAAGAUUUUGUAUUUGUAAUCUUAAAUGUUCUCAGUUCAGAGUUUUAAGAUAUAUUGUUUUUCAUUGCAGAAUUAUCUCUCUACUCUCUAGUUACAUAUUUCUAGUUUUUUUUUUCUACUUUAAAUGUAGGCCUAAAUAAAAUUGUAUCUGCAGAAGUCUACAAGUUCAAUUUUUUUUUCAUAUACAAAAUAAUGAUUUGAUAGUAAUAAUAGGGUACGUAGUUUGAAACACAAGAAGUAUGUUACGAAACAGUUAUUCACAUUGUUAAAAUUUGUCCGUCCAAAGUUGCCAUUUCUUGUUUUAAAGGCUGUGAUAUCAUGUUAGAUUGGAUUAGAAUAAUUCUGGAAGAUAGAGCUGGCUUGAUAUUAUCUGUUUGUAAUUGAUAGUACUUUUCGUAAAACAAAAUAUAUAUAUUUUAUUUUACUUGCUACCUCAAAUAUUAAGCUCACAAACAAGACCUGCUUACCAUAGAGGGAUGGAACCUAUAGGAGUAUAGGCACUUAAUUAAAGAUGUCAUGAUCAUAAAUAUUGUACCACCAUUAUAUUUAUGAAUUUUUGUUUUGUAAAAGUAAAUGUUCUUGAUCUGUGGUAUAGUCUUCUAUCAUGCUUAGAUUGCAGUACACAGCAAAUGGCAUCCACUGUUUCCAGAUUGAUAACACCCAGCUUGUUAAUAUUAAAAUUAAUAUUUUGUAUACUAUAAAUACAAAUUAUAUUAAUUUUAUUACAUUUUUUUUUCUAUUUUUUAUUUUUCUAAGGCCAAAAGUAGGGUCUUUUGAUAAUAUUAUUGCAUUAGUAAACAAUCUGACAGUUAAAAUUAUCAGUUCUAAUAUUAAUUAAAUAUCAAUAUCAUACAGUAGAAACUAUUUGUACCAUUCUGUCUCUAUUAAUGACAAGGCGUUCCAUUUAUUAUGUCAUGUGUUCAAAAAGAGCUGAAAUUUAUAAUAUUUAAAGAUAUAAAAAUAAUUUUGAUGACAAAAUAGUUGAAACCAAUAUACAUAGCAUCUUUCAGUUUAAUUUUUUAAAAAGAUACGUAACAUUAUCAGAUGAUGCUCUUGAAUAAAUACAAGAAGAAAGAAAAUUUCUGAAAUUCUCAUUAGCAAUUUACCUUUUAAAAAUAAUAUUUUUUUUUAAGUUGAUUUAAAAAUGUUUUAAUACAAUAUGAAGUUAAGUCUAAACCUUUUAUAUUCUUUGGGUAUAUCUCGGUAACAGAUCACACCAAAACAAGGACAGCGCUAGCAGAUAUUGUUUUGUAUCACGUAUCCUUCAACCUGAUGGUAUGUUCCUGUAUGAAGACAGAUCCAACUUUGAAUUUUGGGAGGGGCUAUUUGCGUGGUCAAAAAAGGAAAGGGUUGAAGGGGAGCCGAUGACCAGAGGGUUUUGGGGGGUAGGUUUCAAAAUACCUCCCAGUUAAAUGGAAAGUAAGAAAUUAGAAAUUUAGAAAAGUAAUAGUCCCUUAUUUUAACAAAUUUCUGACUUAUUUAAAAAAAAAUUAUAUUUUUAGUUAUUUUAAGUAACAGAGCAGUUGGAGGAGGGAGAAAUCAACCCCCUCGUUCCUCCCAUUGGACCACUACUGUACUAUAUACCUAUAUUGAUUGUGUGGUACGUGAUGCUUGUUGUUUUAAUUUAGUGCAUCGAAAGUUCCUGGCCAAACAAAAACUCAAAUAUCACAAUAUAAAACAAAUUAUGUCAGGUCUUAUGAAGAUUUUUCAUUUGUAUUCAAUGUAUGAUCAUAAUUAAUUGUUAGAUCACAAGUUUAUGUUGUGUCCAGGAUCUUUCGUCGUACAAACUUAAAACAUCAAGCAUUAUGUAUUACAAAGUCAAUGUAUAUUGGAUCACUCCAUCGAAAUCAAGGGAUAAAACUUUGAUACAAGAUACAGAACUUUUACCAAGAGAGAGAUGGAAUGCCCAUUAAAGUGCACACUCCAAUCUAAGGAUGAGACAUUCUAUAAAUAUGAGUUUUUUUAUUCUUGAAUGAAUAGAGAUAUUGGAAAUAAGAGUUCAUGCAUGGUUUAAAAUGAUUUGGAUUUAUUUUUAAAUCACUUUCUUGGUAUUCAUUUUUUUUAUUUUAAUCGAGAUCAUUUUAUUUAUGAUAUAGUUACAGUCUAAAAACUAUCUCUAAAUAAAAUUUACAAUAAAGUGUUUUUAUAUGUCUGUUUUGCAUCAUAUUGUGUUUAAAUGUGGAUGCGCAUAGGAAUGUAUAUUUGCAACUGUGCUUAAAAAAUUAUAAGUUUCCUUGGCAGUGUGUUUGACAGUCAUUAAAUAGGUACCAAUUCAUGGAAAAAUUUCAAGCAGUUGUGAAUUCAUGCAUUCCUGCAUUUUUCACCUGGAACCUAUGUACUUUCUCUCUCCUUUUAAUUUAACAGUCCUAUAGUGUCAUAAAACCUUAUUGAACUUGGUAAAGCAAACAUUUGAGUGAUGUCUCUCAUUCCUAAUCUUCUUGUUCUUAUAAUGAGUUAUGUUGCUAUUAACUUGUAUGUACAUUUCUUAAAUAAAAAUAAAUUUUUUUUGGCAUCCCCUAA